AUGCCAGUGACUUACACAACCGACGUUUCUAUAGUAAAUAGACUAUUGCAAAUAACAAGAAUGUUCUUGUGGUUUUUUACUCUCCCGAAUGUGCACAGUGCAAGGCGAGUGCUCCAAUGUUUGAGAAACUCUCAGAAGAACACAAGAAUCUCAAGUUCUUCAAGGUUGAUGCAACAACAACAAAUGAGUAUGCUGCUGAGUACCAAGUCACAUCACUCCCUACAUUCGUCUUCUUCCAAGACCAGAAAGUUGUCAAGAAGGCGCCUGGAAGCCCAGAUGCACUUAAAGAGAUUAUUGGCAUGUCACAAUAAUUUAUCAGCUUCACUUUAUUAUUUAUCGUCAAUAUUAAAAUGUGAUGAUAUUUACUUGUAA